GCCUUUGGUGUUAAUGGUACCAAUAGUAUGAUAAUAGAAGGGUGUUUAAGGUGUCUGAAAUGCGCUGAUGCUCCAUGCCAGAAGAGUUGCCCAACGCAAUUGGAUGUGAAGGCUUUCAUUACCAGCAUUUCCAACAAGGGUAGUCUUUACAUACAAAGAUUUCAGAACUAUUAUGGAGCAGCCCGUCAGAUUCUGAGCGACAACCCUCUCGGUCUGACAUGCGGCAUGAUUUGUCCCACAUCGGAUCUGUGCGUAGGCUCAUGUAAUCUACAAGCCACAGAGGAGGGACCGAUAAAUAUUGGAGGGCUGCAACAAUUUGCAUGUGAUGUAAAGAUUUCACAGAGAUGUGGCCCUGCUUCAAUUUCCUGCGCAUCUUUCCUAGCCAGAUUGGGCUACACUGAUGUUACUAUAUAUGAGAAGAAGGACUAUGCUAACGGAGCAAAAGCCGUUUUCAUCGGUAUAGGAAUGCCUGAGCCCAAGAAGGUUGACGUCUUUGACGGUCUAACGCAACGCCAUGGGUUCUACACAAGCAAAGAUUUUCUACCGAUGGUGGCAGCCGCGAGCAAGCCUGGUAUGUGUGCAUGCUCCCAAAAGCAACUACCUUCUCUAAGAGGAAGAGUGAUCGUGCUUGGUGCUGGUGAUACUGCAUUUGACUGCGCUACUUCUGCCCUGAGACUUGGAGCAUCAAGAGUCACUGUAGUCUUCCGCAAAGGUUUUACCGGAAUUCGUGCUGUACCGGAGGAGGUGGGUCAUAUUGGAGGCAUACAAGACCACUUGAACUAUUGUUAA